AUGACCAAGGAGGACAACCUGCGGCUGGAGGUCGAUCCGGAGUGCGUGGAGCGAUAUUUCGUAGCUCCGUCAAGUGACGACCGGCUUGUGCUGGACGGUGACGGACGGCGGGUACCGGCCAGUCCUGCAGAGUUUUUGAAGUACGUCAGGGAACAGUGUGGCGAACUGGUGGACGGCUACGCGCCGUUUUGCAAGCAUUUGUUCGUGCCCUGUCCCUACUCCUUGCUACCGUCCUCCGUGCCCAUCGAGUACACGGCGGCGCGCACGCGUGUGCACCCGGACGGCGGUCCUGGCAGUGGCGACAAAUUAUUGCCGGUGUAUACGGACUACGUUGCGCGUCGCACUUCGGAGUUGCCUGUGCUCGUUCGGUACGUGAAGGCUGAGGAUGUAUUAGGUCAGUGCUGUCGGGCCAAGUUCAUCGACUGCAUUCUCUACAGCCGGGUGCAGAUGAUCAAAGAAUAUGAAGCUAUGCACAUGGAUCCGGCCCAACUGCCGGACUGUGAUUGGCUCGUGAUUUCGCUCAAGUACCAAAACGAGAACCACGAGACGCCCAUGCAACCCAUCACCAUGCUCAGAAACACUUUGAUUGAAGAAGGCGGCAGCGGCGUAUCCCUUGACCGAGAAAAAUACGCCCAGUCAGUCGCCUACUGGAAGGAGCACAUAGAGGUCCUUUAG